GCGGCCGUGGGGCCAACCGCUGCUGGUCAAGUUGCUGUGAUGACCGAAGCACAUCCCUCCCAGCGCUGCCAGCAGACGUUCCGCUGUUCCAGGGCGAUCAAGAUCAGGAGUCCGCAGCCACAUGGCGUAUGGCACGGCACUCCCUAAACCCACAUUGGCGUGCUCUGCUGUUGUACUGGGGCUUCCUUUCGGAUCGACCGUCAGCAGGUGAUGAGAGUGAUGGAGGAGGAGCGGUUGCAACCGUGCCGGCGGCGGCUUCCGUACCCGCGGUGGUGCCGUACACUGACCCUGCGGGGCGGUUCCGCCUGGUCCGCCCCUGUGGCUGGAUCAGGGUCUCGACACUGCUGCCCGAGUCAUCGGUCCUAGCCAGCUUCUACAACCCCGAGGAGCCCGGUGCGGAGACGUUGGCCGUGUACCGGGCACCGGCACCGGCGGGUGUGCAAGCAACACAGCAGCUGGGCUCGGAAGUAGCUGCAGGCCUGGCUGGCGUCGCACCCAAUGGGCUCGUUAUUGAGGCCCGCAACGUGAAGCAUGGCGGCGACGAUGGCGACAGAGAUUACAUCAUCGUACAUGUCCAGUUUGGGGGCAACACCGCGGGAAUGUUUGGAGCAGCGAGGGAGUUUCGAGCAAUCACCAUUGCUGAGGGGUGGCAGUACACGAUGCGUCUAACAACCACAAGAUAUCGGUACCUGGCAUUUAGUCAAGUCCAGGAUCUAAUGAAGGCCGUAUCAGAGUCCUUUGAGGUUCUUGCUUAG